AUGGCGUCCUCCUCAAGCAGCAGCGGCCUGCUGGCGGUGGCGGUGCUGGCGGCGCUGCUCGCCGGCGCGCGGUGCGCCCCGGCGAAGGUGACGUUCACGGUGGAGCAGGGGUCGGACGAGAAGCACCUGGCGGUGGUGGUGAAGUACGAGGGGGACACCAUGGCGGAGGUGGAGCUCCGGGAGCACGGCUCCAACGAGUGGGUGGACAUGGUGAAGGCCGACGGCGACGUGUGGAGGUUCGACAGCGAGGAGCCGCUCCAGGGGCCGUUCAACUUCCGCUUCCUCACCGUGAAAGGGAUGAAGAACGUCUUCGAUGACGUCAUCCCGGCCAAGUACACCAUCGGCGCGACCUACACGCCUGAGCAGUACUAG